CUGGAGCCAGCUGCUCCACAGAGCGUCCAGCAGCGUGAGCCUCACCAGGGAAAGCGCACUCCUGCUCGGCCCGAUAUGUGCACAAAAGCUGCAAAAGCUCCCUACUGGAUUAGAAAGCCUUAAUUGAAACCUUUGCACGAGUGGCGACACCGAAGAUUGUGACAGAAAAGUGCUUUUCGUCACACUUGGGAGCAGAGUACCGGGUGGUGCUGGUGCUGGUGGUGAGUUCAAGGAAAAAGAUGCAGUUGCGUCGCCUCUCGGUGCGCCUUGCAGCCAGGCACCAAGGCUGGUGAUGCCCGCCGCUGUGCGGUGAUCAACAGCGGAAAGAGGAAGAGCAGAAGCGCGGCGGGCGAGGAGGAUGAGGAGGAUGCUGGUGAUGAUGAGUUUAAGAUCAUGGCAAACGGAACCGGUACUAUUAUGUUAAAAUGUGUCGUGGUCGGAGACGGUGCAGUGGGCAAAACGUGUCUUCUUAUGAGCUAUGCCAAUGACGCCUUUCCUGAGGAAUAUGUCCCAACGGUCUUUGAUCAUUAUGCAGUGAGCGUCAAUGUCGGAGGAAAGCAGUACUUGUUGGGACUGUACGACACUGCCGGCCAGGAGGAUUAUGACCGACUCAGGCCGCUGUCCUACCCGAUGACGGACGUUUUCCUCAUCUGCUUCUCGGUGGUGAACCCUGCCAGUUUCCAGAACGUGCGUGAAGAAUGGGUGCCCGAGUUGCGGGAGUACGCACCUAAUGUUCCCUACUUGCUCAUUGGUACUCAGAUUGAUCUACGCGAUGACCCAAAGACCAUUGCCAAACUGAACGAUAUGAAGGAGAAACCUAUCGUGAGUGAGCAAGGCUUGAAACUGGCAAAGGAGAUUGGAGCAUGUUGCUACGUGGAGUGCUCAGCCCUAACCCAGAAAGGUCUGAAGACGGUGUUCGAUGAGGCCAUCAUAGCCAUUUUGACUCCCAAGCGAAAGAAGGGAGCUUUAAAAAGAAGAAUGGGACCCCGUUGCAUGAACUGCUGUCUGAUCACAUGAUGGGCAACAUGCUCAGCACUUCCGCAAAGACUGACGCAGAUACAAAGAAGUGAGUUUUUAAUGCUGCAAUCAACUCCAAAGGAGCACAAACACCAAGAAAGCUCUUGUCAGGUGUUUUACAUAGCAAACAAACAUGAAUCAAAGAAAUGUUUGCUUUACAAAAGGGAGCUGCUUGAUUUGUAAAAUGUUUUCAGACUAUAUAUUCACUUUUGAUGAUCUCUCAAAGCAAAAAGCGCGACGUGCCGUUUUUUGGACGGAUUGCUUUUUUUUUUCCCGUCUCCUCAUUAUUUGACAAUGUGUGUAUGGGGGAUUAGUAAAGCCAAAAUAUUUUCAUCCUAGAGCUAUUUUUUCCUAUUCUGUCAUGCUAGACAGUUGAUCUUUUAGAAGUGGGAGUACAAGUCAAACAAGUGCACAUCGCAAACCACCGUACGCUUUAUAUGAAAGGCUCAACAAAUGAAGCACAUUCCUCUUUGCCCAUCUUCCAGCACUGAGGAUGCACAAGCUUGAGCAGUUUAUCAUCAUGCAAAUUUGGAAUACUAAAUCAAAGUCCAAAAUGCCGUCUUUAUGUAUUAGAUGUCAAUUAUUUUUUCAGACGAUACAGGGUCAAUCAAUGAAAUAGAUGGGAAAAAGGAUAUGGAAUUACAAUAUGUGUCAUUAGAUGAGUGACAUCCAUACCUAUAUUAAGCAUCAACUGAGAGGCUAAUAGGCUUAUGAAAGCUUCCUAAUAUCAACUUUCUCUCAUUUUUCGUGUGCUAAAUAAUACUAGAGAGAGCAAAGUAUGGUCUAUUUAUCAGUCGUAUAUUCAGUACGGUCAAACUUUGUGUUUUGCAUUUUGAGUUCAGCACCAUUUUUGUUGAGUAGGAUUGUGACUGAUAGCCACAACCACGUUGACAAUAUGAAAGAAAUCAUUCAGGCUCAUGAAGGCAAAGUAAGCCUUUUAAUAUCCUUCCAAUGACUCAAUGCCAAUAGAUGAAGUCGAUUUUUUAGAUGGAUUUUAAAGCAAACAGAACCUUCAUAUUAUAUACUAAGAAUCAGAAAGGUAGCGCAUUUCUAUAUUUGGGUGUCUGCUAAAAGCGAGGGAAAUACUCCAUGAAGGAAUGACACCACUGUUGCUUCUUUAUUCUGCUACAAUAUGAACUUAUAAAGGCUUAUUGACUGUGCCAUUUUCUCUAUUGCUGCUGGCUGGGUGAGGGAGGGAGGAGGUUAAGACAUAAAAAUGACACGAGUAAACAGGAGAUAGAUGAUGAACUUACAUGAGCCUUUGCUACUUAGUUAUUCAGUGACUCACCUCAUUUGGAUAAAGUUUGGAGGCUACGAAUUCAUUUUUAUACAGCAAAAUGACACACUGACCCCAUUUAUGAUGGACUCGCCCCUUUCUUCAGUAAAUGUAGGAAAAAUGAGGUGAAAAUAACUGGGUAUGGUGCACAAUUAUUGGAGUUGGAUAAUAAAACCUCUUUUUACUAAGACAGCACCAAAUAAAACAUGCGAUGUGAGUGAAGUGAAUAUGUACGCAGUUUUCUUUCUCCUUUUUUAAAUGCCCAUUUAGUGCUGGAAUAUAUUUGGACAGUUGACAGUUGACCUUGCUAGUUUUAGACUGCAAGUGGUAAAAAUCUUGGCCUUCAAUCAAAUAUGUCAAAGAAAUCCAAGAUUUGAUACGGUUUAUGAAUUUGUAUUUGUACUCCUUUUCAUGAAGUCAUAUAAAGCCUAUUUAAAAUGAGCUACUGUUAAUGUCAGGUUUCCAAGGCCACUGGGCUCUUACUUUUCCUGCAAGCCAAAUGACCUAUAUAUAUUAUGUUUUGUUUAUUUGUUGUUGGCUUUAUGUAUGUUUUGCAAACUGUUGCUUAAGUACUGUUGUUCUGUUUGGACUCCAAUCGGAUGCCUGACUGAUUGCUUUGAUGUAAAUGGUGCUCCUUUUCUCUAGCCCUGCUUGCACGACCGACUGACUGACUGACUGUAUUGUGGCUUUGAGUGGCAGGCAGGGUGUAUGGGCGGGGGGGUCGGUCAAACAGUUUGCUGUGCUGGGUAAGUCCACCCUGAACUCUGACGCCACUCGUGCAUUGAUGCGCCUGCAACUUAAUAAAAGUGCUUACCGUUGUC